AUGAACUUGAGCAGCAGCAGGCUGAAAUAUACAGAGGAGAGCUACCUAAAGUGGAUAAAGAUUAUGGGUUCUCGCAACCACUCCAAAUUCUUGGAGGCCAAGAACAAACUCCAGCCCUGCAAAUUCAUCAAGGUCCACAAAAACCCGAAAUUCGGAGACUUUACGUCUGUUAAGCAGGCCAUCGACUCAAUCCCACUCUUCAACCCCUGUCGGGUCCUUAUUUCGGUUGGUCCCGGGACUUACAGGGAGAAGAUAGAAAUUCCGGCUACAAUGGCUUACGUGACUCUUGAAGGGAGUGGUGCGGCGAGAACCAUAAUCAGAAUGGACGAUAUUGCGGAUCGGGUCGGGCCCAACGGGAAGCCCAUUGGCACUUACGGCUCUGCCACAUUCGCCGUCAAUGCUCCGUAUUUUAUCGCCAAGAACAUCACUUUUAAGAACAAAGCGCCUCCCCCGCCAGCUGGCGCCACCGGAAAGCAGGCAGUGGCCAUGCGCAUCUCUGCUGACAUGGCGGCCUUCGUAAACUGCAAGUUUGUGGGUGCACAGGACACACUAUACGACCACAAAGGGAGGCACUAUUUCAAGAACUGCCAUAUCCAAGGCUCGGUGGACUUCAUAUUCGGAAAUGGACUUUCGCUGUAUGAAAACUGUCAUUUGCACGCCAAGACCAAUACGUAUGGGGCCUUAACGGCACAGAAAAGGGAGAGCAUGCUUGAGGAAACGGGCUUCUCGUUCGUUAACUGUAAGGUUACUGGGUCGGGCGCGCUCUAUCUGGGCCGGGCCUGGGGCACAUUUUCUAGGGUGGUGUUUGCUUAUACAUACAUGGAUAAGAUCAUCACACCAAGAGGAUGGUAUGAUUGGGGUGAUAAGCAGAGGCAAAUGACGGUAUUCUACGGGCAAUUCAAGUGUUCGGGCCCGGGAGCAGAUUUCGGAGGGAGAGUGUCAUGGGCGAGAGAGCUAACCAAACAGGAGGCUGAGCCAUUCAUAUCACUUAGCUUCAUCGACGGACAUGAAUGGCUGUCGAGUUUGUGA